GCUAAAGUGUUUCUCUCCCAUGGCUAGUGAAGAAGGUUCUAUAGGAAAGGAAGAAGGAGAGAUAAAAAAGUGGAAGGAGGCGAUGAGUAAAAGUUUCAAAGAAAGGAAUACUUCAUGGGCUAAAUUUCGACGUGAUAAUUCACUCUCUAUAGAAGCUGGAAAUGUCUCCACUGUAGUUGAUCACUCCUCUAAGAUGAGUUGGAUAGCUACGCUUUCAUUGGCAUUUCAAAGCUUGGGAGUUGUAUAUGGUGAUAUUGGAACAUCUCCCCUUUAUGUGCUUGCAAGCACUUUCCCAAAUGGUAUCCAUCAUAAGGAUGACAUUCUUGGGACCUUAUCUAUCAUUUAUUAUACUAUUUUGAUCUUUCCAUUGCUCAAAUAUGUUUUUAUUGUACUUCAAGCCAACGACAAUGGCAAUGGUGGGGCUUUUGCACUUUAUUCACUACUAUGUCGACAUGCCAAAGUGAGUUUGAUUCCAAAUGAACAACCAGAAGAUAUGGAGCUCUCUAAUUACAAUUUGGAAACACCAUCAAAUAAACAAAAGCUUGAGAAUAGUUAUUUUGCUCGUGUUUUUCUUUUAUUUAUGACUAUAUUGGGAACUACCAUGGUUAUAGGUGAUGGAAUUUUCACUCCACCAAUGACAGUUAUUUCAGCGGUAAACGGGAUCAGUACUAAAUUGAGUCAAGAUUAUGUGGUGGGAAUCACUAUAUUGAUACUGCUAUUCCUUUUUGGUAUGCAAAGAUUUGGUACUGACAAAGUAGGGUUUUCAUUUGCUCCAAUUUUAACCGCGUGGUUUAUAUUAAUUGGAGGAACGGGUAUUUACAAUUUAUUCAAAUAUGAUGUUGGAGUAUUGCGUGCUAUUAAUCCAAAAUAUAUUGUUGAUUACUUUCAACGCGAUGGAAAAAAAGCGUGGAUGUCAUUAGGUGGAGUAUUUCUAUGUAUCUCAGGUUGUGAGGCUAUGUUUGCUGAUUUAGGACACUUUAGUGUUCGUGCCAUUCAAAUUAGCUUCUCUUGUAUUACACUUCCAUCCAUAUUGGCAGCAUAUAGUGGACAAGCAGCAUAUCUUCGAAAGUUCCCUCACAGUGUAUCGAAUAUUUUCUACGAAUGCAUACCUGGUCCUUUGUAUUGGCCAACAUUUGUUGCUGCUGUUGUUGCAUCCAUCAUAGGAAGCCAAGCAAUAAUUUCAGCAGCAUUUUCAAUUGUUUCUCAAGCUGUAAGUAUGAGUUGUUUCCCAAGAGUAAAGGUUGCACACACAUCCACUACACAUAACGGCCAAGUUUAUAUUCCCGAGAUCAACUAUAUGCUCAUGGUUGCGUGUAUUGUGAUUACUGCUAUCUUUAGAAGCUCAGAAAAACUUAGUAAUGCUUAUGGGGUUGCAAUAAUUUGUGAUAUGACAAUCACAACAUUCUUGGUUUCUGUUGUAAUGUUGAUUGUAUGGAAGAAAAAAGUAUGGCAAAUAGCUCUCUUUGUCAUACCGUUUGGUAGCAUUGAACUUGUUUAUUUAUCAGCACAAAUGAUAAAGUUCAAACAAGGCGGGUUUCUUCCUCUAGUUUCUGCGCUCGUCUUCACAGUGGUUAUGGGAAUAUGGUUUUAUGCGCAAAAAGAAAGAUACAUGUUUGAACUCAAGAACAAAAUUUCCUCGGAGAAUUUAAUAAAAUUGGUUAACGACCUAAACACAAAUCGCAUGCCAGGAAUUGGAGUUUUGUAUUCUGAGCUUGUACAAGGAAUUCCUCCAAUCUUCCCUCACUUCAUUGCUAACAUACCUUCUGUUCAUUCUGUUGUUAUCUUUGUUUCUAUCAAGACCAUUCCAAUUAGUAGAGUUAUAUUGAAAGAGAGAUUUCUAUUUCGACACGUGGAGCCGAGAGAAUGCAAUGUCUUCCGUUGCAUUGUAAGGCAUGGUUAUGACGAUAUAAUCGGAGAUUCCAUAGAGUUUGAAUCUCAAUUGGUGCAACAUUUAAAAGAAUUUAUUAUCCAAGAAAGUAAGUAUAUGCUCGAGGUUGACGAAACAACAAUGUGUGAAGAAUUAGCUAGUAAUAAAGAAGAAAAAGAUUCAAUUGAAGCAAUGAAUGAAGUAGAAGAAGUUGACAAUGUGAUAAAAUUUAUAGAUAAGGCUUUUGAGAAAGGUGUGGUGUAUAUGCUAGGAGAAACAGAGGUGGUGGCAGAUCCAAAUUCGUCAAUCAUAAAUAAAAUUAUAGUUAAUGCAUACAACGUUUUGAGAAGAAACUUUCAACAAAAGCAUGAGUUGAUGGCUAUCCCUCAUAAAAGGCUUCUGAAGGUUGGAAUGACAUAUGAAAUUUGAUUAACAAGAAAUGAAGAUAUAUAAUAAGCUAUUGGUUAAUUAAAUAAUAAGUUAU